AUGCAAAUUCUUGUUGGUUAUCCUCUGAAACAAAGCCAAAUAUUUGUCCUGCCAAAAGAAAGUCAAAUACAGUACAGCGUCAUUCACUUCUCUGUCACCGCUUGCCUGGUGCCCGCCUCCUUUUUCUGUAGAGCUGCCGUCACCACCAGAGAAGGUGUAGGAAACACCUAACCCAGGAUUCACCCAGUUCAGGUAAGAGCACAUUUGAGGAUAACAAUGGGUUUAGGUAGCUUCUCUCGUUGUCUGGGUGAUCGCUUAUGGUUUCAGAGGACACAGAUGGCAGGUGAAGGUCUCUGUCUCCUUUACAAGAAGAAAUAUUACCCAUUCUUAAUUUCCCUUUUCCUUCUGCAUUUCCACCUGGAGCCCUGUGUCCUUUGCUUUUACGAAGGAAUUGCUAAAGCCCACAGCCCCCAGUGUGGGUUCUGCACCCUGGAAAUGGUGAUGACCAUCUACACUGUCCUGAGGAGCCACCCAGAACUCUCCACAGAGCAAUUAAUGGAAAUCUUGAGUGGUAAUUUAUGCUGCUGUACUGGACAGAGACCCAUUGUGGAUAGUGGGAAAAGUUUCAGUCUUAGUUCAUUUUGCUGCCAAAUGAAUGGGGAAGGUAAAUGUUGCUUGGAUCAAGAAAAAAGCAGUUGUACCAAAUUGUAUAAGAAAGAAGAAUGUCAGCCCGUAGACCCAACCCAGGAAUUGCUAUUUCCAUCUGAACUAACGGUUGUGUUCUUUCUUUUGAUUUACUUCUGCUUUUAUGCCAACUGCGAGGGAAUAAACAGUCUCAUCAGCCCAUCUGCAGCUGUGCCUUUGCCACCUUCUGCCCCCAAGGAGGCCUUUGUACAACUUGUGUGUUUUGUCAUUGACAUCAGCAUUAAGUCUGCAUUUGUCUACUGCAGAGAAUGGCAGAGAAUGUUCUUUUGGGGUCUCCAUUUGAGACCCCAUUUUCUUUUGGGGUCUCUGACUUUCCAAGGGGAGAUAACUACCUGGAUCACUCCAGGAACCCAGAAAGAUCUUCUGAGGCUGAAACUUAGGUACCCCAGCACCCUCCUUCUUUUAGGGCCUGAUAUGAAAUUCAAAGAAGUUUUCCAUCCAAUUAUUAUCCAUCUUGCAAGGAUUUUGGAAUUAUUUAUAGUGAUUAACAUAAAAGAAGGUGCUUUCUCAUUUACUGUAACAAGAGCCUCACAUCAGCAAAAUGCCCUGGCAGUUAUGAAUGCUGGAAUGAGAGUCCUUUUCAAAGAUGGCACAAACACCAUUGUGGACUUCAGUGUCUAUAUGGAGGAGGUGGCCCUACUACAGUCGGUGCAAAUAAAUUCUGUCAGCAGCUUAUCGGAAGGGUUUCUUCUCUCCCCCAUUCCUGACGCCUCUGAGGCCCUGGCAUUGCCUGGUGUAGUUGAUGCCAUAACAGUUCAGGAUGUUCCUGGUAACAAUUGCAGUGAAGAAGAAAGACUAUAUGCACAAGAGCUGAAUAAAAAAGCAAAACCCAAUGGCUCUAAACCUGUGCAGCAUAUUACUACACUGAAUGCUGUAGGCAAUGAUAACAUAACGAAUACCUGCCGGACCCUCGUGGAAUGCCUUGAACCUAUUAUCAGAUGGAGUACUAGUGGCACCUGGGAGAAGUGGGUUAAUGAAGCUUUUGCUCAAAGCACUAGUUUGUCUGCCACUGGAUAUUUUAGUCCUUUUGUUUCCUCCUGUCAUUUAUCCAAUUCUUAUAUGAACAUUCUAACUCUGAUCAGUCGGUCUACGGAGAAUCAACCCAAGAGUCCUCCGUCCAGUAUAAGAAAAAAAGAGGGAAACAGUGCCCCGUUAGACCAAUGUGUCAAUGCCAAUGUGGAUACUCACUGCACUGGCCAAACACUGAGGUCCUGGUGCCAUUAUUACAAUUCAGCUGCGAGGGUAGCUGAGCUCCCAGAGGAGAAAACACAGACGUACCGAGCCCUCCUGAAGCACCUGAGGAGUCUGGCAGGCCAGCAGAUCCGGAAUAUGGCGUAUUCCUUAGGGGGGCAUGUGAUAAGCCGGCAUUGCUAUUCGGACCUGAAUCCAAUUCUUGCUGUGGGCAAUGCUACCCUCAAUCUGAUUUCAGCAGAAGGUACGCGGCAGAUUCCUCUAAAUGAACAUUUUCUUGCUGGGUUGGCAAGUGCAGACCUUAAGCCAGAGGAAAUUUUGGAAUCUGUGCAUAUCCCGCACUCUCAAAAGUGGGAAUUUGUGUCAGCCUUCCGACAGGCUCAAUGCCAGCAGAAUGCCUUGCCCCACGUGAAUGCCGGCAUGCAAGUCCUUCUCAAAGAAGGCACAGACAGCAUUGAGGACCUGAGCAUCGCCUAUGGAGGGGUGGGGGCUGCCACCAUCAGUGCACACAGAUCCUGCCAGCAGCUCCUUGGGAGGUGCUGGAAUGAGCUGAUGCUGGAUGAGGCUUGCAGGCUGCUUCUGGAUGAAGUCUCGCUCCCAGGCUCAGCCCCGGGUGGCCGGGUGGAAUUCAAGAGGACCCUAGUCGUCAGCUUCCUCUUCAAAUUCUACCUAGAGGUUCUGCAGGAACUGAAGAAGCUGGACAGCCGUCAUCAUUCUGAAAUUUCAGACCAAUUCCUAAGUGCUCUCGAAGAUUUCCCAGUCACAAUACCCCAGGGAGUCCAAACGUACCAGAGUGUGGAUCCUCACCAGCCUCUCCAAGACCCAGUUGGACACCCUAUCAUGCACCUGUCAGCUCUUAAACAUGCCACUGGGGAAGCCAUGUUUUGUGAUGACAUUCCCAUGGUGGAUAAAGAACUUUUCAUGGCUUUGGUGACCAGUAGCAGGGCUCAUGCAAAAAUCAUAUCAAUUGAUGUGUCCAAGGCCCUUGAACUACCCGAAGUGGUUGAUGUGAUAACAGCUGAAGACAUUCCAGGCAUCAAUGGCGCUGAAGGUGACAAAUUGCUGGCUGUAGAUAAGGUAGUCUGUGUGGGCCAGAUCAUCUGUGCUGUGGUUGCAGAAACAGACGUACAGGCAAAACGAGCAACUGAAAAGAUAAAGCUCACCUAUGAAGAUCUGGAACCUGCCAUCUUCACCAUCAAGGAUGCCAUAAAACACAAUUCAUUCCUGUGCCGAAAAAAACUUGAACAAGGAAACGUUGAGGAGGUCUUUGAAAAAGUCGACCAAAUUGUUGAAGGAGAGGUCCAUGUUGGAGGACAGGAACAUUUUUACAUGGAAACACAAAGAGUGCUUGUUAUUCCAAAGACAGAGGACAAAGAACUGGACAUUUAUGUGUCCACACAGGACCCAGCCCACGUGCAGAAAACAGUGUCCUCUACUUUAAACAUCCCCAUCAACAGGAUCACCUGUCAUGUAAAACGAGUGGGUGGAGGUUUUGGAGGGAAGGUAGGAAAGCCAGCUGUACUCAGGGCGAUUGCAGCUGUGGGUGCUAUCAAAACUGGUCAUCCCAUUCGUCUCAUCCUUGAUUGUGAAGAUGAUAUGCUAAUAACUGGAGGAAGGCAUCCAUUAUUUGGAAAAUAUAAAGUAGGAUUCAUGAACAACGGGCGGAUCAAAGCUCUAGACAUUGAGUGCUGCAUUACCGGAGGAUGCACGCUGGAUGACUCUGAGCUGGUAACAGAAUUUCUAAUACUAAAGCUGGAAAAUGCAUAUAAAAUUCGCAACCUCAGGUUCCGGGGCCGUGCAUGCGUGAUAAAUUUACCAUCCAAUACGGCCUUUCAUGGAUUUGGCUUCCCACAAGGAGCCCUAGUAACAGAAUCUUGCAUCACAGCUGUGGCAGCCAAAUGUGACCUUCCACCAGAAAAGAUUAGAGAGAAAAAUAUGUACAAAACAGUUGAUAAAACCAUCUACAAACAAGCAUUCAACCCUGAGACCCUGAUAAGAUGUUGGAAUGAGUGUCUGGACAACUCCUCCUUUCACAGCAGAAGAAUGCAAGUCGAAAAGUUCAAUAAGAAGAAUUAUUGGAAGAAGAAAGGCAUUGCUAUUAUUCCCAUGAAGUUUUCAGUUGGCUUUGCUGCAAAAAGCUACCAUCAGGCAGCUGCACUGGUUCAUAUCUACACAGAUGGGUCUGUGUUGGUCACACAUGGAGGCAAUGAACUGGAACAAGGUAUUCACACCAAAAUGCUACCGGUGGCCAGCCAUGAGCUAAAAAUACCCAUGUCCUAUAUGCACAUCUGUGAAACGAGCACAGCAACAGUGCCCAAUACAAUUGCUACGGCAGCGUCUAUCGGUGCAGAUGUCAACGGCAGAGCUGUGCAGAAUGCUUGUCAGAUCCUUCUGAAACGCCUUGAGCCCAUCAUUAAGAAACAUCCGGAAGGUAAAUGGGAAGACUGGAUAGAAGCUGCAUUUGAACAAAGAAUCAGUCUCUCAGCCACUGGAUACUUCAGGGACUACAAGGCCUUCAUGGACUGGGAGAAGGGGGUGGGGGACCCAUUUCCUUACUAUGUCUACAGAGCUGCCUGUUCUGAGGUUGAAAUUGACUGCCUGACAGGUGCUCACAAGAAAAUCAGAACGGACAUCAUCAUGGAUGCAUGUUGCAGCCUAAAUCCGGCCAUUGAUAUUGGGCAGAUUGAAGGUUCUUUUAUUCAGGGAAUGGGGCUUUAUACCACUGAAGAACUGAAAUAUUCCCCAGAAGGUGUCCUGUACUCUUGGAGCCUAGAUGAGUACAAAAUUCCAACCAUCACUGAUGUCCCAGAGGAGUUCAAUGUCUCCUUGCUGCCAUCGUCACAAACCCCACUAACCAUCUAUUCAUCAAAGGGCCUCGGGGAGUCUGGGAUGUUCCUGGGGUCAUCUGUGUUCUUUGCCAUUGCUGACGCUGUGGCCGCAGUGCGAAGAGAAAGAGACAUAGCUGAGGACUUCACGGUGCAGAGCCCAGCAACGCCAGAAUGGGUUCGAAUGGCCUGUGCAGAUCGAUCCACAGAAAUGAUCCCAGGAGAUGACCCUGAGACAUUUAAACCUUGGUCUAUCCCUAUAGCAUAACACUGCUAUCAUUCCCUAAAAGGUAAGAUCAAUAAGCUAAAAGAUAAUUAUUCAAAGUGGGGGGAAAAAAAUCAGCCAAUCCAGGCUUUCAAACUUCGUUCUAUAGAAAUCAAGAAUUGCACAAGUGCUUAAAUCAUGCUUCAUUUUAAAGUCAAUAUAUCUUAUCCAAUAUUUAAGUCCUUUAACACUAAAUAUGCAUGGUUCUGGGAACUGACAAAGGAAGGCCAGGGUGUUUUAACCAACAUGAUAGUUUUUUAAAUUUUAAAAUAAAAUAUGAAAAUACACUGGAUUAAAAUAUUUUAAAAGCCUACUCCCUGAUUCUUUUAAGAAUCACAACUGGAAUGCAAAAAAACAACUGAAAUCCCCUGAUUACUCCAUUUAUAAUUAACUAGCACUAUUUGGAAGAGUUAUCUCUUUGUAUUCAUUGAGUUCAACUGCUACAAUUUUGUGCUGCUGCUUAACACUACACACAGAGCACUGAAGGCUUUGGAGAGUGGCCACAGAAACUCCUUGGGAAAUACAUGCUGAUAAGAAAAAACAUGGUUUUUUUUGUUACAAAAUUAAACUUCUACUUUCUGCACACUUACUGGGCAAUAACUGAAAACACUGGGGAAGAGAGAGAACUAUGGCAUAAACUCAGAUAAAAAUAAAAUAAAAUUUUUUCAUU